UCCAUCGCACGGCACAAUCACAUACACAUUCACACACCAUUCAUACACUAUGGACACUUUGGAAAUGCCAAUCAGCCUACGAUGCAUGUUUUUAGACUGGGGGAGGAAACCGGAGUACCCGGGUGAAACCCCUGCAGCACUGGGAAAACAUGCAAACUCUAUACACAGAGAAUCAAACCCUCAAGCCUGGAGGUGCUAACCACUAAGCCACCAUGCUUUAUUAUUAUUAUUAUUUUUUUAAGAUUGUCACCCCUGCCCCUCCAACAGCUGGUGUCCCCUCCUGCCUAUAGGGUCUGUUUAUUGUAUAAUGUUGAUAGAUAUUAUUAAAUGUCCAGUGUUGAGUGUUUACAGUGUGUGUAAAGCUGGGGUUAUACACAGGAAACACGACUUCUUUUACAUUUUAUACAUUAAUCAGUGACUUAGAAUAUCCCAUUUUUUGAGUAAAACCAUUUACAGUGAGUUUUUGUUGUUUUGUUUUGUGUUUUUUUUGUUUGUUUGUGGGGUUUUUUUUUCUUCGAUGUUCUUUUUUCACUCGGCACGCCCCUCACUCUUACUCUUCUUGUUCCGCCUCUCCACUGUGUGGUGGUUAGAGGUUCGCGGAAGCUUGGCGCGUGCGUAAAAAAAAGGCGUAAAGGCGCGCGCUCUCACUCACUCCACCUGCCGCACGCUACGCACGAGGACUUUGGCGCUGUGAGCGUCACACUUUCCCUCAAAAUCUCCAGAGAAGAAACAGACCAGAAACACAGGACAUUUGUGGAUCAGAAUAAGUUGGAAGAAGUCGGGUUAUUGGUUUUGUUUUGUUUUCCUGUUGAACGAAGCGAGUUAUUUAUCCGACUUCUCCUCAUGGACAGGCGCAUGCGCUGGAGAAAAGUGGAGUUAAAACACCUUCGGCUCUGCACUUCUCUGUUCAUGAAACUUACGCCGUGAAGGGCCUCUUCUUGGCCUCGAACCCUCACAGCUGAUGGAAGUCUUGGAGGAGUAUGCUUACAAUGAAAGCUUCCUCAAAAAUGGCUUCAAUGGCCUCAACACUACGGAUGGCGGCAGAAGGCAUCAGUACAAUUAUUACGCCAUGCUACUCACACUGCUCAUUUUCGUCAUCGUCUUUGGAAACGUACUCGUGUGCAUGGCCGUGUCCAGAGAGAAAGCUCUACAGACCACUACCAACUACCUGAUUGUGAGCUUGGCUGUUGCUGACCUGCUGGUGGCAACCCUAGUUAUGCCUUGGGUAGUAUAUCUUGAGGUGGUGGGAGAAUGGAGAUUUAGCACAAUCCACUGUGACAUCUUUGUCACUCUUGAUGUUAUGAUGUGCACAGCAAGCAUCCUCAAUCUUUGUGCCAUUAGCAUUGAUAGGUAUACAGCGGUUGCUAUGCCAAUGUUGUAUAAUACACGCUACAGCUCAAAGAGGAGAGUCACAGUCAUGAUCUCAGUAGUGUGGAUCCUGUCCUUUGCCAUUUCAUGCCCCCUGCUGUUUGGACUCAAUAACACAGAGAGCCAUGAUGAAGCCCUGUGUGUAAUCACGAACCCUGCCUUUGUAGUCUACUCUUCUGUUGUGUCCUUCUAUGUACCCUUCAUCAUCACCCUGCUUGUGUACGUGCAGAUCUAUGUAGUGCUGCGUAGACGGCGGAAACGCGUCAGCACAAAGCGCACGUACCCAAGCAGCAACAUGGACAUGGGCACAUUGAAGAAAUGCACUCACCCUGAUGAUGUGAAGCUGUGCACUGUCGCUGUGAAGUCCAAUGGGAAUUUCCCUGUUAAUAACAAAAAUAUUUUCAUAAAAGAGGUGGCCAACAAUGACAAUGAAAGCCAAAUGGAUGAAAUCACAAACCUUAAUCCUCCAGACAAGAGGACACUUGAGCAGACAGGUGAGAGUCAGCAUGGACUUCUGCUUGGUUCAAAACACACUGAAAUAGAUAUAGCACCCUCUGCUCUCGAGCUCAAGCCUGCAAGGAACGGAAAGACCUACGAAGCCUCCAAAAUGGCUAAAGCAUUUGAGACUCAGGUGUCUCCCAGUGGCAAAAUGCAGACGUCAGUGAAGUCCAUCAGCAAGCGCAAAAUCUCUCAGCAGAAAGAGAAGAAAGCUACUCAGAUGUUGGCUAUUGUGCUCGGUGUGUUCAUUAUAUGUUGGCUGCCAUUCUUUAUUACACACAUAGUGAACACAUACUGCCAUGUCCCAGCAGAACUCUACACAGCUUUUACCUGGCUCGGUUACGUCAACAGCGCCGUGAACCCCAUCAUAUACACCACCUUCAAUAUUGAAUUCCGCAAGGCUUUCAUUAAGAUCCUGCACUGUUGAGAGCAGACUUCUCCAUAAGUGAAGAAAAACACAUGCAGCCUGCAUAAAACUCGUUCCUAAAGACUGUUUUAAAAGGAAACUGAACAUGAAGAUUACUGGGAAUGAUAUAAAUGUAUAUAUGAUGUUAAGGAUGUAUUAGAAAAGCAAGCAAUUUUUCCAGUGUCAUCUCAUGCAACAAUAAGACAUUUCUGAAUAAUUGCUAUAGAACAGAGGUGUCUUUCAGUAUAAGCUUGACAGUAUUACUUUUGUUUAAUAAUUACACAAUGACGGUAAAUUAAACAUCAUUUAGGUUAUAAUAUUGCAGUCUUCAUAGUGGGGAAGAAAAAUUUAAUACACUAAUGCAAGUGUUGAUGCUUAACUGACUACAAAUGACAUAUAUACAUGUGCAUAUAAAAGGAAUAUGCACAAGGACAAAAAAGUGAUUUUUUUUAAAAAUAAUAUUAAGGAAAUAUUAAUCCUCAUAUACAUGUUAAUGCUGUGCAUUUGGUCUCAGCUAUCACUAUCAAGAUGCAAUCACUUUAUCUUGAUGAUUCAUGAUUUGGUCUUUAGGGUCAAACUGAUCUCAUGAGAAAUUUGUACUAAGUGCAGUUUGGUUGGAGUUUAAGUUUCAUAUGAAUGAAAUUAUAAGAAAAUGGUAACCAUAAAGCUAACUUUGGUGUAUGGAGUGUGAGAGGAAAAUACCACUCAAGCCAGUGAACCCAAAAAUUGUGUCACAAAAUGACUGUGCAAUUAUUAAUAAUGUAAGGUGUUGUUUUUAUACACACAUACAUAUAAAUCUACUGUAAGCUGUUUAUGCUUUCAAUAACAUCCAUUCAAUGUGAAAAGCCUGUUUUGAAAAAAUCGAGCAUGUUAUGUUCACAUGUUGUACUAUGACAAAAGCAGAUACAAUUACGGUCUGCAAAAAAUUGCAUCAAUCAAUACUAUGUAAUAAUAUAAUAAAAUAUGGUAAAAAUGAACUUUACAUGAGCUGUUUCUUGAGUCAGCGAUAUACAGUGAUUACUUGAGUUAGACUGGUGCCUGAGAGCACUCUCUAAAUAACAUGGCAUGAAGCAGCUUGACGUGCAUGUGUGCACUUUGGAUACCACAGUGUCAUUAGCCUCAUGGCAACCAUCUGUGGAGUGAGACGGCUAGGGACCUGAGGCAAUGCACCCUUCUUACAGCACUAGCACACACCAGCUGAGAGCUAGAUAUAAGGUCUACCAGUCAGACUGGCACUGUAAAAAGUUCCCCACACAUUACACA